AUGUUAGCCAGUUUAACGAGCAUUUCUAAUCUUCGAACAAAACAACUUUCCGGUUCAUCUGGUAAACGAGGACACGAAGAAGAACGUAUAGAACAUUUUGAUUUAGAAUUAAGACCAACAAAACUCCACGAUCUAAAAGUGGGAGAAUUUAUCAGUGGUGGUGACAGAAAAUCGAUGAGAGCAGUGAAAGGAAAAAAAAGAGGCAAAUAUCUGCCAAAUAUGUAUUUACAAACAAUACCACCAGAUUUAAGGACAGUAUUUUCAACUGUAUUAACAAAAAAAGUUUCAGCUGGACGCAUGGUGGCCGGAUUUCUCGAUGCCAUAGCCAAAGUUCGACAAUUCAAAUUUCACAAUGACGAUGAUUUAUACGAUCGUUUAUCAAGACGUUUUUCGGUUGUUUUAUUAAUGUUAUUCACAGUUGUUGUCAGUACAAAACAAUAUGUCGGAGAUCCAAUUGCCUGUUUUUGUCCAGCACAAUUUACUGCCUAUUAUCAAUGGAUACCCUUUAUUUUACUACUUAUGUCUGUACUAUUUUACAUUCCAUCGGUGUUAUGGCAUGCCUUAUCAACAAAAACCGGUUUUGAUAUUGGAAAUCUUGUUAAAACAUUACAUCAUAUGGAACAAUUAAAUCCGGAUAUUCGAGAUAGAACUCUAAGAUAUAUCGCAAAACAUAUCGAUCGUGCUCUAGAAACACAGCGUGAUGCUGGUACCGGAUUAUUUUCACAAAUGAAACGAAUUCUAAGAAGACAAUGUCCAUUUAUUAUUGUUGGACGUGCACAAGGCAAUUAUUUGACAUUUUUAUAUUUACUAGUUAAAUUAUUUUACAUUGCAAACGUUGUCGGACAACUAUUUCUAUUGAACAUUUUCAUGGGUUCAAAUUUCCAUGGUUAUGGAAUUGAAGUUAUGAAAAAUUUAUUAUCAGGAAAAGAAUGUUGUCGCAGUGCAAGAUUUCCAAGAGUUACCAUGUGCGAUUUUGAAAUAAGAACGAUGGCCGAUCAUAUACAUAAACAUACGAUACAGUGUGUGCUACCCGUUAAUUUAUUCAACGAGAAAAUAUUUAUAUUUAUUUGGUUUUGGCUUGUAUUCGUAUCAGCAUUAUCGUGUUACGGAUUCUUUAAGACGAUUUGGCAAGUGAUGCCAUGGAACAGAGUUAAUUUUUUAAAAAAGUAUUUAAAAAUAAUGAAUCGUAUAACACGUGAAAAAUUCGAUAGGAAAUUAUUUACAACAUUUUCCGAUAAAUAUUUACGACAAGACGGUGUACUUGUAUUAAGGCUAGUAGCAAUGAAUACAAAUGAUGUUAUCAUGGGUGAAAUUAUGUCUGCCCUCUGGGAUGGUUUCAAACGAAGUCAGGAUGUUGAUGGUGGAAUUUUUGUGUAA